AUGAAGCCUUGCAAUGAUGUCGAAGAAACAGAGGCACAGGAGUUUACUGAUGAAUUAACAGUCCUUGCCAAUAUGGUAGGUUCACUUGUACACUAUUUUGUUAUGGCCACUACUCUUUGUUAUUAAUUUUUUUGUGUCAAGAACUUUAACUGUUAUUUUUCAUCACGACGUUUUAAUAGACACCUUUUUGCUAUGUAAGCUCAUCAAACUAACAAGUGAAACUAAUAACUUAGUAUCCUUCUUCCUUUUAGCCCUGCCUUAAAAUAUUUAUUUUUGCUUUCUCUGAGAAGUCAAAAUGUGAACGCUGCAUUGCUAAGACCAAAAGGCAUAGCUUAAUUACCCAUAUUCCCUUUGAAGAUUUUUUUUUUUCAUUUUUCAUUAACAAGUGAAAAAUUGAUCUCACCCUGCUUCCUAUCUCUCUGAACUACGGUCAUGUAUAAUUGCAAAACCCAUUCAGCUUUCUACGUUUUUGUGUAAGCAUGUGUAAUUUGAGAAAUCAUAAAAGUACUGUGUAAAUCCAUGUUGACUAUGAUUGUAUUCUGUUGAUAAUGAAGUCGCAGAAGUCGGAAGAAAAAAAUGAUGAAGUUAAAGAAACAGAUGUAGAAAGGUACGUGUUUUAUUCUUGAGAUAACAAAAACGAUUUUACAAAUCCUGUAUGUUAUCUCAGCAAUAAGACAAUUGAUCUUAUGAAAUGCUGCAGAUCAAAUAGGAAAACAUGCAGCUUUUUCAUUCAGUAUCUUGACAAUGGCCUUCAUGUAAAGUGUUUUACUGACAAUUUUUGGUUAUUUAACUGGGUCUCGCUUCCAGCAAAGUUGAUUUGGCUAAAAAGAACGUGGAGGAUACCACAUUUCAACGUAUAAAUUUGCUGUAAAGUUACCUCUUGUGAGUUGUGCUGAGUUAACAUGACCUUACUUUAAAGUUCCUGGUUUUCGAGUAAUGGUUUCUUUGCAAUCAUUGCCUAUGAGUUUUUCUUGCAAUUCCGUUAUUUUGCAGUUACAAAAAGACUUUGCAACGCUUGAAAAUCAGAGAAGGACAUGUAGCCAAGGUUGUUCCAGAUAGGAUCUUCUCAAUGGCAUUUCAUCCUGCAAGAUGUAAGACCCUGGUGUUCGCUGGAGACAAGUGGGGCAAAAUAGGCAUUUGGGAUGUGGUAAGGACGAAAAGUAGUUUCUAUUUGCAUUUUUGGUCUUAUUAGAGAGACACACUGUAGACACACUGGUUGCUAGGCUGGCGGAGGUGGAGACCGAGACACUUGGCGACAAACUGGGCGAUGUAGAGGACGAGGCACUGGUCGACACACUGGCUGACAAGGUAGCAGAAGUUGAGGCCGAGGCACUUGCUGACACACUGGGUGAUGUCUAGGCCGAGGCACUGGUCGACAAACUCGCUGACGCGCUAGCAGAUGGCGACGCCGAUACCGUUGCUGACAAACUGGGCGAUAUCGAGAUCGAGACACUGGUCGACCCACUGGCUGACAAGCUAGCAGAAGUUGAGGGCGAGACACUUGCCGACACAGGACAUUAGCGACCUUUAGAUUUGGCUUCGGCUAGCGCGUCUUGGGCUCUCGAGGUCCGUAUCUCGAAAGUUACAGUAUCUUUUCGGUUCCAAAACUGGUCAAAUAUUCAAAUCAAAAUGCCACUCCUAGCAAACAAACCCUUUUGUUUUGUUAACGUAUAGUUUUUUCGUAUUAUCUUCAAAGCUCUUGUAGUUGGCCCACGACUACCAUUUUUUCCCCUUCACUAUAAGAUGAUAGAGCAGGCCUUUAUAAUAAAAGGUCUAAGAAAAGUGACUAUAUUAAGCUCGAGAACUCACACUUGAGGUCAGUUCGCUGUUACGGGCGGGGCAUAAAUCGUUGGAAGAAAAUUGUCGCAUUCAUUUCAAAAGAACUCAUCUUUACGUUGAUGGACUGCCUUACAAAAAAUUUUGCGCGGAUAAUGGAGACCUUGUUCCUGGUUAUUAGAUAUGGAGAAUGUUAGAUCUUAUGUGUAGUUGGAGUGUAGCUGGAAUUUCAACGAAAACCUAUGACUGUGUGAAUCAUUUAUGUUGUUUCAAAUCGUUAAACGGAGACCUUAGUAAAGUUCACUGCUACAGUGUAUAUUUCACGUUGUCGAUUUCAACGUCUUUUNAAGGACAUUAGCGACCUUUAGAUUUGGCUUCGGCUAGCGCGUCUUGGGCUCUCGAGGUCCGUAUCUCGAAAGUUACAGUACCUUUUCGGUUCCAAAACUGGUCAAAUAUUCAAGUCAAAAUGCCACUCCUAGCAAACAAACCCUUUUGUUUUGUUAACGUAUAGUUUUUUCGUAUUAUCUUCAAAGCUCUUGUAGUUGGCCUACGACUACCAUUUUUUCCCCUUCACUAUAAGAUGAUAGAGCAGGCCUUUAUAAUAAAAGGUCUAAGAAAAGUGACUAUAUUAAGCUCGAAAACUCACACUUGAGGUCAGUUCGCUGUUACUGGCGGGGCAUAAAUCGUUGGAAGAAAAUUGUGGCAAAUUUCAAAAGAACUCAUCUUUACGUUGAUGGAGUGCCUUACAAAAAUUUUGCGCGGACAAUGGAGACCUUGUUCCUGGUUAUUAGAUAUAGAGAAUGUUAGAUCUUAUGUGUAGUUGGAGUGUGAAAGUGUAUGUGUAGCUGGAAUUUCAACGAAAACCUAUGACUGUGUGAAUCAUUUAUGUUGUUUCAAAUCGUUAAACGGAGACCUUAGUAAAGUUCACUGCUACAGUGUAUAUUUCACGUUGUCGAUUUCAACGUCUUUUUGUUUCACAGUUGAGGCCUUCUCAAAGCUGCCAUUACUGUUCUUUUCAAAGUUAGGAGAUUAGAUUCCAAGAUUAUCCUCUCCAUGCUUAGGACUCCACACCAAGACUACGCACCACUUCCAAAGAACGUACACUAAAAUAGUCUACUAAUUUCUGUUGAAAAAUUCUCAUAAAAACCUGACAAAGUCACCAGAGCAAAUCCCUUCUGGUGUGACAUGCCUGAGUCACCUGCCACUCAUAUUUUCUGCUAUCUCAUAUUUUCUAUGAUUAAACUCUUGCCUUUUGCUUUGAUUUUUUAGGGUUCAUCGAAAGGCGGUGACGGUGUUUAUCUUUAUGAACCACAUUCUCGCCCCAUCAACUGUAUGUUGUUUGAUCCAAGUAACUGCGGAAAACUUUACACUGCCAGUUAUGAUGGAACAAUCAGGUGUUGUGACGUCACAUCUGCUACGUUUCAAGAGGUAAGUUUAUCAAAGGUCGAGCAAAUAAUUGCUGAUCGCAGUUAAAUCUUAACCUAGGUUUCUCUUUUCUUUGCUUAAAAGCGUUUUUCUGUUUUUUUUGUUAUCAAUACAGUCACCAUGACAAGUUUUGCAGUAUUAACAAAAAGCCUGCUUUUUUGUAGGACAAAAUAUUUCUAAGGCAAUGUUCACGCUUCACCAGACGAAUUUUCGAACGGGUGAGAAUUCGUGCGCUGAAGCGUUCUGUUCACACGGAAUCCCUUAAACGGUACGAAAAUUUAGACGCCUAGCCCUUCAAAGCUCCGCGUGUGAACAGGACGAAAAUUUUAACGGUUCCGUGUGAGCGAAGUGUCUAGUCAAAAUUUUCAGCCGAUCAAAAAUUCGUCCGGUGCCGUGUGAUUUGUGAAUGUAGCCUAAAUUUCGUGUCAUCGCUCAACACAGUCUUCGGAACACGCACGCUUUUGAUCUACUAGGUAUCUGCUUUUUUGCGUCUUUAGCACGUACCCUGGAACUCCAAGUAGUGUUUCAUACGGCGUUUUACAGUCGUUCUUAUCUGGCUCAAGUUUAGCUGUAGAGGUCUUAUUUAAAUCAGUCGAACUUUCUAAAAAGAACCUGUUUAGCCAGCUUUUACACUGUAAUUAUAAUUUUUGAGUUGAACUGAGUUCGUAAUAGCGCAACGUUUAAAACCAAACCUUGCAACUACGGUUUAUCACGGUAGAACUUGUCCUUCUACACGCAUUGAAACGGGCUUUGUCUACAACUCUUAACUCUACUUCUCGCUUUCUUCGCGCUCCCGCAAACAAAAGCAUGAAAUGUGACAAAUGUGUUUAUAAAUUUUAGGUUUAUGCCUUCGAAGAAGAUGACUACACUAGAUUCAUGUCCUUCGCAUUUGGAUCUCCGAGCACAAACACCAUAUUAGCAGCAACUGACUCAGGCUACGUAUUGGUUGCUGACACAAGAACUAAACGGUAUAUAAUUGUUAUUUUUAUACGUGUGCUUAUUGGGGGACAGGAAAUCACUUUCGAGCGAGUCAGUAAGCCAGUAUUUACAGUAAAUGAGCGAUUCUUCGCGCGCUGGUUUGUUGAGAACUAUGUUCGAUAAGAAUAUAGUGCAUAGAAAUGACAUGAUGGUGGUGCAAUUUGUUGUUCUCUUUCCCUCGCGCGCUAUUUUCAGAGAAACUUCAACAGAAAUGGACGUCAGAACUGUCAAUGUUACCUUAAAAAACAAAUCGACAACAGUUUCCCAUGGUCUGUUCUCUUAUCGACCAAAACUUUUCAGUGAAACCACUCGCCCGGGGCCCUUGGUUCCACUUGAGUUUUGAACAUUUUGACGUCGUUUCUACGGUCGAUAAGAGUACAGACCAUGGGAAAUUGUAGCCGAUUUGUUAAUUCGAUAUAUUAAAAUUCAUACUUGGCUUCAAGGCUUAGUGGUAUUAAACACAAAAAAUCAUCUUGAGGCUCAGCUAUAAUAAAUACAGUUCUUUUGUCUUAAUCCCAAAGCCUCGUAACCAAGUAUGAAUUUUAAUGUAUCGAAAUUGGUCUAUUCCGAACCUCUUAUUUACCCUUCCAAACCUCUUAUUUCAUUCCUAUUCUUUUCAGGGAUAGGGGCAUUGUUAUGUCACAAUCCCUAUUGUUUUCCCAGCCAAUCACAAACCGCCUUGUUUGGAAUCGGUGCUGGUCUACCCAUUCGCCACUCAAGAACGAGGAGACUGGGCCGAAUUAACUUUCGCAAAGACUUCUGGGACUGUUAACUAGGGAAAGGGAAAAAAUUGGCCAAUAGCUGAUCGGCGCGUCCCCAGUAACGAUCCCAGAACUCUUUGCGAAAGCUAACUCUGCCCAGUUUCCUUCUCGUUUCCAAAAUAAUUACGAUUGGUUGAGAAAAUGACGUAAGAUUUCCUAGCCAAUCACAAAGCGUGGCAUUGUCAACAACAUUUUGUCGUGUGUAGAUCUUAAGAGGUGUGGUCUAAUAGCGCAUCAAACGCCUCGAAUUUGUUUCAGUUUUGUUACUUUCGCGUCACUAACAGUUAUUUUUGUUAAAUUACUUUCAGAAAGGUCAAAUUAGCAGAACAAAGUUAUUGUCUUCAUGAUAAAAUUAUCAAAUGCAUUGAUACACAUCCAUUAAACAAUAAUCUCUUCUUGACUUCGUCAACUGACGGGUAAGUGUCCCAUAUUUGGUCACUCACAGGUAUUCCAUUUUACGAAUAUUUCACUUGAUCUUAACAGUUAUAUCACCUUAAUACAGACACCUCCAGCCUCACGAUCAAUUGGUCUGAACGAUGUCAAACUUCAUACAGUCAAUGCCAACAUAUUACGGUCGCUUCUAACAAUUACCUCUGUCCUUUUGGUUUCCUUAUAAAUUGGUUUGGAUAUACUAUCAGGGCUCAAAAUAACGGCUGGUCAACGGAAUAUGUCCGGACACACUUUCGGUUUGCCGGUCAAUUUAACCGGACAUGUAAAUAAGCAACCAGAAAAAAUACAUUUUCACACCAUUGCGCUUUAAGAGGACAAGUAUCGUUUUCACUCUAUGUUUUUGUUUGUUAGGCUAGUAUGUUCAAGUUAUUAUCGGACUAUUUUUAAUAUUUUGACCGGUAAGAGGAAAGACGUCACACGAGCAACAGUCUCAAAUUCAUUUUGGGCCCGACCAUUUUGUCGCAAGUAUUCUCUUGAUAGCUCUUUUGAUUAAUUCAUUCAGGCCUACUUGCCGUGUUAUACAGCAAAUAGUAUGGGUCGAUAUGGAGGUCUGUCGUCUUCCAUGUCAGAACGCGCAUAUUUCUUUCAUUACGCCAUCUUGAGAUAAUCGAUAGACAAACAUUUUUGAGCCAUCGGUUUUGAGUAAUGUUUCUCCUAUGUCUUGCCACCCUAACUUCCUUCUAUUUUUGUUCUUAAGAUCUGUUGCUUUCUGGGACAUUCGAAAUGUAAAAGGAGCGAAAUCAAAGCUGAGCUCCUUACACCGAACACGUGUCGUUACGUCUGCAUAUUUUUCACCCUUGACUGGCAGCCAGGUGUUAGUGACGUCAUCUGAUGAUUAUGUGACGUAAGUAAGGGCUUUUAUGGCUUGGUAGAGGUGUAUCCAGGGGGAGCCCUGGUUUAAUUAAUAAUCACGCAUUGGUUAUAGUUUUUAAAUAUCUUGGGUCACGUUAUUUUGAUUCCGGCAUGCAUUGUGCUGUACUGCGUUAAUUGUACAGCAACCCCUUUAAUACGGUCACCAAUGGGCCAAAAAAAUUUGGCCGUAAUAACGAGGUGAACGUAUUACCUAGGUGGCCGUAAGGCGGUGUUCCACUGUACUGCAAAAAAGCUGGAAAGUCCUUUUGGGGGAUGAUAUACAAACUCCUAAUGGAAAAAUGUCAAAUCACAGUGACAAACGAAUGCUCUUGACUAGCCUCCAUUUGGGAAUAUCGUCAGAAGUCACACAUGAGCAGACUGCUCUUAGGUUCACAACCGAUUGCAACCAGUCCCGCAAAUUAAUUUAAACUUGAAGAUACUGAAGAGUGAAAAAAUUAUUCGCGUAAAGAAACGAGUUAUUUAUUUGUUUAUUUAUUAACAAAGAAAGAAAAAAAUAGGCGUCAUCUUUUCCCUCUUAAAUUAUGGACCUUGAAAUCAGAAAUGCCAUUUUAGUAUAUAUUUUGUUUUCAAAUCUAAAUUUCUAAUUAAAAAGAUUACGUGGUAAAGACUCGUUGAAGAACGCCUUCGGUGCACAAGUAUUUAAAGAAAAAAAGAAAAAGAAAGAAAGAAAUAUCGUAGAGUAAAUUAUCCAUAUCUUCAUAGCCGUGGCGUCUCCUUUCGCCUGCGGCUGUCGCUUAGCUGGACCACUCGCAGCUCCCCUGGCAUGUUCCAGGCUAAAAACGGCUAAAAACGCCAACAAGCUGGGCCCAGCGUUACAAAACAAUGCAGGAACCCGUCACAUUUACGGACAAAAGUAAAAUCGUUUAUAGUUAUUCAGAUCCAGGAGGCACUUUGGAGAAAAUUAAACAACCUAAAACCCUUAUUUUAAAGAGCUUUACAUUUCAAAAGAGGUCAAAGAGAACGCUCUUUCAUCCGAGAUCAUGCCGACCAGAGAAGAUAAUAAACCGCAGAAAACCAAUAUGCGUAUCACGACCUCUCAGUAUGAAAUAAGUGGCAAAAAACACAUUUCCUCAGUCAAAACCUUUUUCCUUAUAAUCUGCCCGCCAGAGAAAACAUUCUCUGGAACAAGCAGCAUUUUGGCACAGGUAGUCGUGUGUUGCUUACCAACCCCCUUUUUACACUAGGCGAGACUGCAUAGAUACUUGAAGUUGGCCUGUUACAUCAGCCUUUGACAUAAGAUACAUUUUGGCGGACAUUUUACACAGUCCGCACAACGAGGUCAAGAUUUCGCAACGAUGAAGUUUAAUCCGUGACGGCAAUUAUUCACUACCAAUCACGUCUGAUACGAGUUCAAUAUCGUUUUGACAUCGGACUAUGAAAAAAGAUGACCAGACAUAUAUAACGCCGAGCACUGAAUACUGAAAUUGCAAAGUUGGUUUUUGGUUUCUCAAGUUGAAUGUUGGUUGCACAACUAACAUGUUGUGUAUAUAAGUAGAAUGCUGCGCGCUCAAUUUUCAAGAACAAGUGAUCAUGUUAAAAGUUGGAAGUUUAAGUUGAAUUUUUAACUUUGAAUGUUGAAACAUGAAGUUGAAAGUUGGUUGCUCUAACUUUAUGUUAGCCGCUCAAGUUGAAUGUUGAGUAGCCGAGUCAAGUUGAUUUUUGGCGGGGAUUGAACGCCAUAGGUAAGGCGGAUUUUAUGAAUAUGUAUUGCUGGCUACAUGCAAAUUCCAAAGAAAGUGUCCCAAAACCUUUUGCUCAUGAUUGUAGAGGUCUCUUGUUGUUGAAAAGAAGCUAACGUGCCAAAGAGCAGCUCUCCAUCAAAGAAAAACCAAAAACGAACCUGAAAUAACAGUGUUACUUAUUUUGUAAAACAGUCGAGUAAAGGUCAGGGAACAGCAUCCACCCUGAACUUAGCCUGUUCCAGGCUCCGAGAUGGUGGUGAAAAGUCGUUCAGUAAAAAAAAUGCGAAAAACGCGCGGGGAUUUUUCUCGCCGCCACCGCCCCCUUUCCCAAGUCGCGCCCGUCUUAUUUUCGCUUUGCUCGUUUUAAUACGUCCGCACUAUACUAUCUGAGAGCCUGGCACAGGCUACCCUGAACUCAGUUCUAAGAAAUGCCGGAUAUUUAUUUUACAAUCAUUCUCAGAAGCUACUUAACGUCAAAACAUGUCAAAUAGGCCUUUGAUUGGUUUAUAAUAUCAUUUCUCGAGGUCAAUCAUGUGCAAAAAUAAUAAGCCUAACCCACAAAAAAACUCCAUUGUGUUCAACAUAGUUUUCGCCGUUCCGUCACGUUUACCCUUUGGCGACCGCCAGUACGGUCAACAUGGAUAUUCAAACCUUGUUAAACAACCUUCAUGAAGAAGUAUCAUGUUCUGUGUGUAUGUGCAAGUACACUGAUCCAAAACAGUUGCCGUGCUUGCAUAGUUUUUGCCUUCAUUGCCCGAAUGGGAUUCAACGAACGAAUGGCAGACGAGAUAAAAUUGCGUGCCCGGAGUGUAGACAGGAAUUCAAUGUCCCUGAUAAUGGAAACCUAGCAGCUUUGCCAACAAACUUUCGUAUUAACAGCUUGCUCGAUGUAUUAGCUAUAAGGGAGUGCAACACAACCGGAGUUAAGUGUGGAAAUUGCGACGAAAGAACGAAACAGAGCCAUUAUUGUUUCCAGUGUUGUGCUUUCUGGUGCGAAGAGUGUAUUGGUCUCCACAAUAGAAUCAAGGCCAAUAAAGAUCACUACGCGCUGGCACUAGAAGACUUUCAAGAUCAAGACUUUGAGAACAUUUUAAAGAGGCCAGAAUUUUGUGCAAUGCCAGGCCACGAGAAAAAAGAAAUAGAAUUCUUCUGCAAUAUCUGCAAAGUCGCAAUCUGCAACGCCUGUGCGUUAACGAAUCAUGAUGGGCACGGAAAGAUUCUUCUGGAACAAGCUGCAAAUGAGCGGAAGUUAAGAGUUAAAUCUGCAAUUGAAUCUCAGAGAAAAAGAGCUCAAACAAAGAGAAGCAAAAUCACCACACUUGACAAAAGCCUCAGUGAGGUUCAAGAACAAGCUGCUCGUGUGAAGAGAAACGUACAAGAGUAUGCUGACAGCAUCAUUGCAGCCAUUGAAGCAAAGAAACUGGAGAUCUUUGAUGACGUGGAACGAAGGACAAACGCAUCUCUUCAAGAAAUUGGGAAUCAAAAGAAACAGAUUGAAGAACAAGUUAAACGACAUGAAUCAGAAACAGAAAAUACCGAAACACUUUUAAAGCGAAGCACAAGCGCCCAACUCAUGCAGCCGAACGAACUGAUGGACAAAAUAUUAAAGGAAGAAAACAACCAAGAAAACAGAAGUGAUAGUGAUGACUGUUCAUUUCAGAAAUUUGAUUUUGUGAAGAAUCACAAGUUAUUUGAACUUGUAAGCGCUGAACAAAUUGGCUCCCUUAAAACAAGAGCUCAACUAUCAAGUGCUGAUGGAAAAGGGAUCAAUGAAGCAUUUGUUGGACUUGAAGCACAGCUUGUUGUGACAACAAGAAACGCGGAAGGCCAACAGUUUCACGACGAUUGCGACUCCGUAACACUGGAAGUCAGUAAUCGUCAAGGCGAUAACUGCGCAGCUGAAGUGCAAGUCAAAGAUUUCAAAGAUGGUAGUUACAAGAUCAAAUACUAACGGUUUCUUUGUCCUUGUACGUCACGUAGUCACUUCCAAUUACCUCUUGUAUAGGCACCGUCGGGAAAACUCCAAGUUCAGUUUGGGUCUGUCAAGUCUGGACACAAUAGAAAACCUCUUGUUUAUAAGCAGCGUCCUUGGGGGGUAGCAGUAAAUGAACAAGAUCAAAUUUCAGUGAGUGACGUUGGUAACCAUAAGAUUCAUUUAUUUAAGAGCGAUGGAACUCAUAUUAAAUCUUUUGGUGGAAAGGGUACUCAGCACGGUGAGUUUGAAUUCCCCUCCGGGACAGUGUAUCAUGGUGACAAUAUUAUUGUAGCUGAACAGAGUAACCACAGAGUUCAAGUGCUAAGUAGACAGAGGGGAUACUUUCGCCACUUUGGGGGAGAAGGAAGUCUUGAUCACCAACUUAACUUUCCUGCUGGUUUAUAUAUUAACAGUGAUGGCAAUAUCAUUGUAGCUGAUAGGUUAAACAAAUUAAUCAAGAUCUUUUCUGCUGAUGGGCAGUUUUUAAAUAAAAUCGGCACAGAGGGCUCUUUCAUUGAACCCUUUCACUGUAUCCAACGUAACAACUAUCUUAUAGUAUCAGACAAAGGUGAUCAUUCUAUAAAAUGCUUUGAUAGAAAGGGUAACUUCCUUUACAAAUUUGGGAAGCAGGGAAAUGCAGACGGGGAGUUUAAGCUGCCUCACUGCUUGUCCAUGAACAAGGCAGGACACUUGAUGGUUUGUGAUCAUAUUAAUCACAGGAUUCAGGUGUUUGAUCUGAGUGGAAAGUUUGUCGCUAAGUUUGGAACAAAAGGAAGCGGGAUGGGAGAGUUUAAUCAACAGAUCUCAGCAGCAGUUCUCAGUGAUGGUAAAAUAGUUGUGUCUGACUUCAGAAACAGUCGUAUUCAGAUUUUUGAAUGAAGGUUCAGCAUCACAAAGAAUGCAAUAUUUGGUUCUUUGUUUCUGUUACAUCUUUUUACAUGAAUGGUACUGUUUAACAAAAGUAUUAUAAUUUAAUAUUCGUUUACAGUGCUUGUGGUUAAAACUCUGUUGAGAACAAAGUAGAGAGAAUUGAAUUCAGAAUUUUUAUUUCAGAAGAUGACUAUAUUGAUACGCCAAACUUAGUAAAAAAAAAAGUUAAAUUAGCCAAAAAUAUCGAAAAAUAAAUAUGUUUUUGCUUGUUCGUUUCUCCUUUUAUAAAUUGUUAUUUGUUUAAUUCUUUUUUUAUCUUAUUAUCUAGUCCUUAUCCAUCCUAUUUUUUAAUGUCAUUUAUUUGUAUAUACUGUAGUUAUAAAAUUAUGAAAUUUUUUUGUCUGGGGUAAUUUUUUACUUUUCUUUUCUUUUGUGUCAACUUCAUUUGCAUACAUUACCAUGCGCAAAAACAACAACAACAAAAAAAACCACAAACUUGCCCAAGAUAAAAUAUUAACUACAACAUAUACUGUAAACUUUCCUUAGUUAGCCCUAAUCUUAAUUUCAUUUUGCACGCGCGGGCAGUGCUUCUGUAAUAUUAUCUGUUUAAUAAUAAAGUUUGUUGUUGUUGUUGGGAGAAAAGCUGUUUCCCUGGGAAUAACCUAGACUGUUAUUAGACGAUAAAUGUUAAUGUAGCCGCCAAAUUCAAGGGUAACCAGCGUAAGAUACUAUUUAGCAAUUUGUUCAGUGUUGUCUGGGCAGGAUGGAACUAUAUAAAAAUUUUUGUUUGUUUGUUUCUUUAUUUUUUUCUGUGGCUCCAUGACGAAAGCCUCAUCUGGGACCCGUUUCCUGAAAGUCCCAAUAAUUAAUGGGCGUAAAGACCUGUUGUCAAUUGAAAUUCAAGAUAAAGGUUUCAAAAGUUUUGCAGAUAAUAAACAAUUAUUGGAUGAGCUUUUUGUGAUAUCCAGAAUAAUCAAGGUCAAGGUAAGUGUUAUCAGCCGAGCAGAAGGCUGAGGCUCGUAAGACUUCGAGACCUUGAUUAUUAUUUUAGAUUAUCACAAAAACCGAAGCUAAUAAUUGUUUUAUUAUACAUUCUUCUAAAGAAAAUAACAACAAACACACCGUCGCAUGGAACCUGAAUUAAUUGUUAUUGGAAAUCAUGCAUUGCGCGUGCAACCUACAGAUUAGUCAGUUAUCUGCUAGCAGAUAGCUGUAGCUGUAGCUGUAGGCUCUUGGCCAAUGAGAAGACAGAUAAUGAGUACAGUGUAUAAUAAUAUGAUAAAACUAUCACAUGUUUCAACCGUUUGUAAGCUAGGACCUGCACUUUCGUUCUUUUAAAAAUCUUUGAAUUGAAUAUUUGAUUUCAGGCCCAAAAAGCCUCCAGAACUUUGACAAACGGGCAACUAUUCCCUUAGGAAACUGUCAUUCCUUGAACCUCAAUGUUUCCUGAGACAAAAAGCUAACUACUUCCCACAGGACCACAAAUUACAGCAUGACAAAAAGUAAGACUGAAAAUUCAUGUGAAAUCAAGGACAGCGAUGUUACAAAAUUGAAAACCCAUCUUCAAGGCAAUGCAUUUUUUUAUACCAUACAAUAGAAAUUUCCGUUAUCUGGCACAGUUACGUUGUGCAUGUUUGAAACUUCCUGAAUUUUUUACAGAAAAUGAGAAGACCUAAAAGUUCUGAUAGCUUCCCUAUCAGAAUCCUCUAUAAACAUUCACUCCCAUGUCCACAGGACCCUAUCAGCACCGAGCAAAAGGAUUAACUGCUCAGGUUCCAAAAGUGAACGACAUCAAUUUUCUCUUUCACAAUUUUAAUACAUAAUCAAGAGAACAGGUUUUGAGAAUUAUGAAAACGAUCGCUAAAGGGAAUAUGCUUUAAUCUUUCAUCAAAUUCUCUCAACUAAUUCUUUAAGGACAUGUAAGGAAAUCAGUCUGCAGAACUUGUUUUUAGAUAUUAGGGCUUAAAAGGGUUAAGAGGGUUUACAUUUUGACCGGAGAAUGUUCUAUGAGAAGGUGUUCGUCUUGAAAAGUACUCAGAGCUGAGUAAAAGGAUUAAGAGGGUUUGCAGAGGUGAUGUUUCUGGGUGGUGGAGGUGAAAGGCCCGGUGGCAAACUCUGUUGACUAGCCACACCUCUCUUCUGUUGCUGCUGUUGAAUUUGAUUGGGUAUCAAUCGGGAAUGGAACUGCAGGAAAAACUGAAAGCAAGAAAACAGAAUGCUUUUUUAUUGAGUGGUUUAGUGCAUGAAAAUUACCAUCCAAAGCAAAUGAUAAUCAUAUGAUCCCGCAUUUCUGUUAUAUUUGCUCAUGACUAAACCAUCCACGGAUACAACAAAUAUCAACUGUUUAUUAAAUGAGGUUCUGCAACUUACAGUACGGAUUGAUGGAGUUAGAAAGAUAUUUAUUAAAUCUCUGGGUUAAAGGAGAGUGUAAAAGGGCAUUGAUGGUCGUGGUGCGUCAAAUCCAACGGGGUCCAAAAUCAAGGCUUUGAGUUGUCAAAAAUAUUUGUUUAUCUCUUAACAUACCCAUAGUCCAAAAUUACAUGAAACAAUCAGCGAAUAAAAAAAAAACUUUUGAAUUCGGCCGUCAUUACAGUGAAAUAUUUCCCACGAAAUUGACCAUUCAAAGUGUGUGUGCUCAUUUAGAGAAACAACAACAGAAUUUACUGACCUGUUAUGUGUAUUUAUUACACUGAUUCGACAGUCGUCCUUCAUCUUUGUCAAUUUCCCUACUUGGAAUCUACAGCAAGAGUUGUUUCUUAAUAACUUAAAGGUGUUUGAAAACAUAAAAUAGACAUUUUUUCAAACUGCUGACUGUUUGAAGUUAGAUAUGAAUCACUACAGUCAGUCAGCUGUUAUCCAGGUUAAAGUCGACAUAAAAAUAAAGUGGAAAGAAAGGGUGCACUCAUUUGCAACACUACACAUAUAGCUGUCGCAUUUGCCUGCUGCAAUACGCGUAUGUUGCAAAUCAAUGCACCCAAAGAGUCGGCUUUGUUGUUGCUGGGUUUUUUUUUCUCUCUCUCUCUAAAAGUCCGGUUUAAGUAAGCAAUUAAAAAUAUUUAUUAUAUAAACACCAAUGAAAUACCAGGUGAGCUUUCGCGCGAAAACUUGAUAUCUUCACAUGUGAAAAUAACAUGUUAUCUUCACAUGUGAAGAUAUCACCGUUGCUAUGGCUACAUGAUAAAUCACGCCUUUCACACCAAAAAACUAUUAAAGUGAAAUGGUUUGGUAUUUCAUUGGUGUUUAUAUAAUAGAUAGAACAUUACAUGGCCGCUUGGAGAUACAAAAUUUCUCUUCUCGUAUCUCCGCGCGGCCAUGUAAUAUCCUCUAUAUAAAUGGACGCUUCGGUUUUAGCCAUGGCUUAAUCUAGAUAUUACAAUGAUCUUGAUAGCCUGAAUUUCAGACGAUUACUUUGAGUCGUUUUCUCCUCUCAGCAACUGAGGGAAUGAAAACGACCCGAAGUAAUCGUCUGAAAUUCAGGCUAUGAUUUUUAAAAACCAAAGUGAAUUUAUUUCGUGUUUCUUUUUUCUUCUUUUUCAUCAGUAUUAAUCAAGUUGAGUCAUCUGGGCAAGUUUCCUCUUCACCGAAAUGUUGUUUCAGGUAAGUCAGGUUCAGGAUGGUUCGCUUUUAUUAUAGAAAUGUUGAUUAGUCGAGCGCUUUAAAAUUCACGCCACUCCAUCAAUUUUUCCCGUCAUGCGGUGAGGUAAUGGGUAUGCAAUGAGGAUAUGUUGCAGAUUCCUCUCUUUCUGUUCGAACCGGAAUGCCCGGAUUAUCAUUGGACCAAUUGUGAGACCGCGUUCACCAUAUGCCUCGUAUUUCCGGUUGAAAGCUCAAAUAGUACGGCUGACUUCCUGUGCGGAUGAGCGGAGUUUUCCAGUUCUCCUACGACCGCUUUCCUUACAAAUGAGAAAAUGGAACAAUAUUUUUCAAGGAAAGCGCAGAUUAUUGGACGCCUGUUUUCGUAGAGAAAAGUAUAAAAAUAAAUUUCAAAUUUUUGAUAUUGCCUUCUCCUAUCGACAGACACGAUAAUCAAGUUGGCCGAUGGUUGACAAAUUUUCGCGCCACCUGGGAUCCCAAAUUCGAUUCAUAUGCUGUAGUUGGAAGCAUGAAACAACCGAGACAGGUAAGAUCAAGCGAAGUAUAUGGUUUUAGUAUUGUCUGAUGCUCGCACGUGAAGUCGAACGAAGAUGGAUGAUCUACAACACUAGUCCCUUACUCUUGUCAACAGUGUGUAAUUUCUUUCAAAACAGACUUGUAUUUGCAAGGUUUGUUAUUUGUCAUUCUUAUCCGACACGACUAAUAAAUCUAACCGUUUGUAGAUAUCAUUACAAAGCCAGAACUUUCUCCCUAGUUAUUUAAGACUCUAAGUGUUGGUCCGGCCGGGGUUUGAAACCACGAACUCCCGUUCAGCAGACCGGCGUUCUCCCAGCUGAGCUAACCAGCCGGCGGUCGACAGAGGUAAAGGCUUUCUGCGACUUUCGCGUUGAAAAUCGCCGAUAAAUCGCAUCAAAAUGCCGACAGUUUUGAAACAACCGUGAUUUCGCAGAGAAGAAAUUUUUUUUCUUGCAUGCAGUAAUUUCAAAUCACAAGUUUUUUCGCGAUCUUUUGGCGUGAAACCUACCGUUUCCCCGUUUCCCUGGCUGUGGUUGUUUUUAGGUUCUUAUUUCCGAAACAACUUUUUGAACCCCACACAACUUCUUAUAUUCACUCUAACAUUGUUCAAAAAACAAUUUUUUGAGUUAAAUUAGAGCCAAAAAUCACAGUAACGAAGGAAAAGAAAAAGAAAGGAGGAGGCGAGAAAAAACCAAUGAUUGCACUCUUAGUUUUUGUAAUGGCUACUUUGGAUAUAGUUUUUCGCCGAAAAAAACUGUUGGGCGCAAAAGGUCGUUUUGGCGCUAACGUUUUCAAAAAUCCGGCUAGAUACAUUUUACCACGAAUCAUGUCAAUUUCUUAUCUUUUGAUCAUGAUGACACGGAGCCAUCGAAAAGUCAAGUUUCCUUUAUAUCGUUGAUUUUUGGUUUAAAAUAAAUUACUGCUCAAGAAAGUAAAGGACUGGGAGCGUUACGAACUUUAUUUUAGUCUACGAACGUUAAAGAACAGUUUCUUAAUCGCCAUGGUUUUCUUUCUUUUCAGAUCGAUAUUUUCUGCACUGAAAUCAGAAGUUCAGCACUGAUGCAUCUAAGUCACGCGAAUUUGAAUUCUAUCAACUCCCUGAAUGUGUUUCAUCCCUCUUUAAAUAAGUUAGCUGGUGGAAAUUCAAGUGGAAAGGUGUAUUUGUGGACGGAAUAA